GUUGCCUUCUAAUCCGCUCCAUUGUUCCUUACGGGUUUCGCCCUUUUAACAUUUUAUCGCAUCCGCCGGAGGAUCUCGUUUUUACGCCCCCGACCCCGAGCCCCGUUUUUCGCCUUUUCGCGUCCACUCGGCCCCUUCCCGGCGACCGCACUCGGGGAUCGUUUGUAAUUUAUUAAACCCUUUUCAAGAAAGAAAUGUACCUGUGCAACGGCGAACCCUUUUACCGUCGAUUUCUGAUUUCGCCGGUUAUCGUGCACCGCCUUCAAGAGUCAAAUAGUGGUUUCUUCGUGUUUUCACUUUACGUUUUAUAAUUAAACCGUUGGCACAGUGGAACGAUGAGUUGAGUCCCUCGAAGUGAAUUAGUGCCAAUUUACCCGCCGGCUUCUGGUGAUGAUUUAAUAACAUUUUAAUUGAAAAUUGGUACGGGGCGUGUGAGUUAAUAAGUAUGUGUCAGGCGUCAAUUAGUGUCAAUUGGUUUCGGCUUUCGAUCAUUUUCUAUUCCCAAAAUGGAUAGACCAAGUUGCGGCGAAUCGUCGAAUUCGACGUCGGUUUGUUAGGGUCAUUAGGGAUUUUCGGGGAACGAUUUAAUUGAAUCUAUAACAAAGGAGGCUGCAAAUCACGAGCUAGUUAAUGACACUUUUCUGUUAAUCAGCCGCGAAUGGAUAAACCGAUACAGUCGCCUCUUUUAAUUAUCCGCUGAUUAAAAAUUCCUCCCGAGAAUUAAUUUGUAUGGGUUUCGAGCCAAUCAGUUUUAAUUGAUCCGCCGGUAUUAUCGGGAAUUUUUGCCGACCUCAACACCUUUUGCUAUUCAUCAGUUUUAAUUAAUUGCCAUCAAUUGUCAGCCACUUUCAACGAAUGAUAACGCCGUGUCAAUGCUCCUCCCUCGAACUUCUUUCCCAUGUUUUGUCAUUGCUAAUUAUUCGCAAUUUGAAAUUGUCUUAGGCCGUGUGUAAAGACACAUUGACAAUGCUAAAUUUGACGGUCUAAAUCGUGUCAAGGCAGUAGUGAACGCGCGCAAUCGAUUGACUGUCAAACCUAUUGCGCUAAACUAACGACCAUUAAUCUCCUCGUUCAUUCCGUUUAAUGUGAACGCAUUCUCUCGCGUACUUCGAACCCGGCGAAGUCCAAGUUGUUAUUAAAAAAAAAGCCUCCGAGAUUAAUCAGUAAUCUACACUAGUAUUCAGUCCAGGAGACUGCGUGUUCCCCGGCAGUGCUGAACGUGCUUAAUUCAGGUUCACGAGAGUUCUUGCCGAGAGGUGUUGAAAUUAAAAUUGAAUACCGUGAACAAUAUAUUUGCGUUCCUAUUUGCUUUACAGAUUUUCGCGUCGUCAGAGCGCUAGUGGGUUUAUUUAUCGCAACUUCAAUCAAGUUUAAGUGGAUUUCUUGGUAGACCAGAUGACGAGAUCGGCAGGUUCAUCAGUGUUCAUCGACCUUCGUUCGAAUAAUCCGAACUUCGGUUCAAGUGAGAUCAAGAGAUCGCGGCUCGAUACAAUGAACAAUUACGACCCGCAGGAAUUCAGAGGAAGGUUCGCGUGACACGUGAACAUGUUCAAGAGGGUUACCGUGGACUGGGGAAUCGCGAACGUGAGGUGAACCGUCCGCGGAAAUGGAUCGCAGUUUUAAGAACAAUGCGGACUUCAAAAUGAACCAGCAGAACUUCAAGCUGAGCGAUUUCGGGAUCGACGUGAAGUUGAACCACGAGUUCAAGAACUUCAGCGUGAACAGUCAGAGCAAAGUGGUGCGGACUGGUUCUCAAGUCGGGCUGAACUUCGGACAAGGAGAGUUCAAGGUUCAGAUGAGUCCGAAUCGGUUGAGGACUAGUGCGAACACGGGUCGAACCUGUUCGAAUUUAUCGCAGGGAGAAGCUGGACUAGCUCGAACUAGUCCGAACAAUGUGAACGUCUUCGCGAGUGGGAAGAAUAACGUUCAGACCAGUUCGAACCAAUCCCAGAUGCUGGUUCAUCUUCAGACUGCCCUAGGAACGAACAGUCCCCCCAUUCGAAACAGUCCUAGUCAACUGUUCGUGAACGGGGGAGCGAUGCAAAGGAGUUCGUCCACCCUUUCUUCGCCUACCUACUGGAAGCAAUAUGGCGGCCAGGAAAGCGGGUAUGCGUCGGAUGAAUUUGGCCAGGACUCCCCAAGAUACACCUCACCCAAAGCUGCCGCCUUAUACGCAGAUCCCUACUAUAUCGAUGGGAGCGCUGCGGGGACGGGUCCCGGAGACCCAUGGUCCGGUGGAGGAGGGGGAGUUCAACCACCCUACAGCGGAUAUGCGCCACCUCACCUGGCGCAACCGGCCUACCCCAUGCACCUACCCCACGACCCCAUGGCGUACUCGGCGAUGUCGCCGGGCGGCGAGCCGGCGGCGCCGAUCCUGGGCUCGGCGGUGACGUCGGCGGCGUCGCUCCCGCCUAUGUCGACCUUCCGCGGAGGCAACGCCGCGGUGGCCAGCGGGGGAACUGGAGCGCCCUCUCCGGCGUCGUUGCAAUAUAGCCAUAGUCCCGGCGCGCCGACCGCAGCGCCACCUGCCGCACCCGCCGCCCCCAGCGCCACGCAACCCCCGACGGGGGACAGCCUGGGCAAGACCCUCGCCUCUGUAGUAAGCACCCGAAUCUACCCCGCGGACCAAUCAGUAUCCAGUUAUAGCAGUAACCCUUCAACGCCAGUCAGCUCGCCACCACCUUUGACCGGUUCGGCACCAGGUUGGGCACCAGGUGCCGCUCCGAUUUCGCCUCACUUCACGGCGGACCCAAACCGUGGUACUAUACACGUGCCGACGCCCGAACAACAGAGGCUAGACGAUGCCAUCGGCUUCCUACGCGACCACGCCGAGUUGGUACAGGGAACGCGCAUGGAGGAGCGACUAGACGAUGCCAUAAACGUCCUUAGGAACCACGCGGAGAGUCAAUUGGGUCUCCAUCUUGGUCCCGUGGGACCACACGGUCCCAUGUAUUCCCACACAUCACCACCGCAGUUGGACCACCUGACAAGUCCUCAUCCUGCGGUAACGGUGGCGCAACCCCAGGGCACCUAUCCUGGACUCGCGCCCACGCCGGACACGGACGGGUCAAUCAAAAUCGAAAGGCUACCUGUCGCCAAUGCCAAAUACAUCUCUUUAGAAAAGAGGAAAGACCCUCCGGACAGUAGCGGUGGCGAAACGAAACCUUCGAGCAGCGAAUUGGCAGCGGCGGGUGUCAUAGGUGCUGCGACGGUCAAUUCGACUUCACAGGUGAAAGGCACCAAGAGGUCGCGUAGAUAUUGUUCGAGCGCCGACGAAGACUGUGACGACCCUGGCACCAAAGCGGUGCGCGAAAAAGAACGCCGCCAAGCCAACAACGUGCGCGAAAGGAUACGCAUCAGGGACAUCAACGAAGCCCUUAAGGAGCUUGGCAGGAUGUGUAUGACGCACCUCAAGACGGACAAACCUCAAACCAAGCUCGGCAUCCUCAACAUGGCCGUCGAGGUUAUAAUGACCCUCGAGCAGCAAGUCAGAGAACGAAACCUCAACCCAAAGGCAGCGUGCUUAAAAAGGAGAGAAGAGGAGAAAGCGGAGGAUGGACCAAAGCUACCCGGCCAUCUUGCGGCCCACAUAGCUCAUCCGCAUCCUCAUCCGCAUUCUCAUGCUCAACCACCUUUCCCCGCGAUGCCUGGCCCACCGCCAUCGCUGCAACACAAUCCGCCGCAACCGCAGUAGCAGCGGCUAAGCGGUGGCAUCGUCCUGUGUUAAAAGCUCGUCAGGUCCAGGUAGCCUGUACAAACUCUCGACUAAGGCUCGGCACGCUAAUGGUCCAGCCUUACCUACUAAUAAAAAGGAAACUAUAACAUUAUAUAUAUAUAUGAAAGGCAAAGUAUAUAUAUAUAAAUAUAAAUAUAUAAAUAUAUAAAUAUAAAAAUGCAACAUAACCGAGGGCCCUGUCCUCCAGGAGCCAGCGGGUGGCCAAAAUUCUUGUACACUGCGUUACUCGCGUGCUGACUAAAAGGGACACACACGGAAGAACCUCGAAGCUGACUACCCACCUUCUUCUCGCCGUUCCGAUCCGAUACGAGCGGACGGCAGGUGCGAAGUUGAUUUCUAACCUCGACCAUCGCUUUGUAUCGAGUUCGCGAGGGGUUAGGCAAAGCAAGAGUAACGGAGGGAGAGGAAGAGUGCUCGAGUUUGUGGAAAUGCGCGGGCCAUUGCGACCGAGAGGAGCGCGAGAAAGAGGAACGUUAACGCAUCAAGAAUUUACUAUGGAAAUAUAUUUCGUCGUCAAGUUUCUCCGUUCGCACGUGACCGCGCGAGCUCAUCAAGCCGGCAUCUAUGACAAUAAAUAAGUAUUAUUCAUAAAUAAAACGGGAUUUCUCCGUGUAGGACUUUCUGUUUCGCGAUAACAUAUCAGGGGAGAGUAUUGGCGUAGGUCGAGAUAAAGAGGCGAGUCGCGAAGGGGCGAAGAGCGAAUUAAAAGCCGACAAAGUGCUCCAGGAGUUUGCCGGAACCAGGUAGAGCCACGCAAAGGGAUGCUAAAUGGCGGCCCAGGUGCGCGAGGCCAUCGCUUCGUCAAAAUGGAGCCAACGAGCCAGUCUAUCCCGACGCUUCUUUGAAUCUACCACUGGCGCGACGUAUAUCGCAAUUUUCACCGAGGGAUGGCAAUAGUUUUAGGUAGGAAAAUGCCGACGCAGUGGAGAGAUUUCGGGCUGUUUCAGCGAUACGACUGGCGAGACGUACGGGGUAACGAGUCGCGACACGGAUUCUUGGUAGGAGACUAGUUGGAGAGAAGGAGUCGACUUCUUUUUGGCGUCGAGUGCAAUUGUUUUCUUCCCCAUCUCCGGGAGAGUUGAGAGGAAAGAAUGAUGGAGAUCGCAGCGCCACGGAAUGCGCUUGAAACUCUAGAGUAAAGUCAUGGUGCAGUCGUAGCGAUCAGGACGACGGUCACUACCGAGUAAUUGCGAGAAGAUAUUCCCUAACCACUUGCUGAAGUAAAUGAAUUGGAACGUUCAUAGUUGUUAACUACACCUUGGAAUCUGAUUGUACAUAAUCUUUUAUGCCUUAAACAUUAUGUGCAAUCAAACCUGCGGUGCGGUGACACAUGAGCUUCUGGAAAUUCGGCAUUAUAACGACUCUUAUGCAGAUACAAUCUUCAGAGCAGCAGCGGCCAUAAUCAAAAUGGCGGUCUCUGCCAACCGCGUUCUGCAAUUUCUUCAAAUUUUUCACCUCCGCCGAAGUAAUUUGCGACAGUGACCAAUCGAAACCAGUCGUUCACUUUGAUAUCAUCGAACAUUGCCGCCACGGCGAAGACGUCUGGAGGAAUUUCGGAACUUUAGACGUAGGAAAGUUCGACAUGGAACGUGUCCUUGUCGCGAUUGCUUUUGAAAAGCGAGUCGACUUCUUUCUCGGACGCAAUUACUUUCUUCCCCACUUCGAGGACGAGCAUUAAAGGGCGAUUCAAGAAAGAUGGGAAAUCCAUGGUAGGAGCGAAACGAGCGGGACCGCGUAAGAAAUAAGCGAAUAGAAGCGAUGGCAGCGCCACGACGAGACGCGCACGCCUACAUUGGAACUGUAGAGCGUCGCGUUCUGUGUAAAAAGCCGCGUGAAGCGCAUUAAAAAAGAAAAACAAACAAUUGUAUGUGCAAAGUGAUGUGAACACAAAGCAAAAGGCAACAAUCGGCCAGCUCUCGUUGCGAGCUGAAAUUGCUGCAUAGGAUGACGACGACAACGUAGACGACGACGGUGACAUGACGGCGUAGUUUGUAAACAAGAAGCAUAUUAUAGUCGAAGGUAGAGAAACGAUUAAUGAUAAUAUUGCUAAUAUAAAUAUGGCGGCUUAAAAUUAUUUUUAUAAAUAGCGAGAGACAAAAGAUAUGGUUCCUCUUUCGAGAUAUAAUAGUAUCGAUCGAUUUUAUUACACUUCCCUGACCCGUUCCCUUGUAUCCCCCGCCCUGAGUGCCCCGUGUCCCCCACCCGUUCUCCUUUUAUCAUAACCUUAAAUGAAACUUGUAUUACCGACACACACGUACACAAACACACGCGCACACUGCGAAUUCGUUGCGUUUACGUAAUUAGAAGCGGCGAUUGAUUACAGAAAUUGAGCAAGUGAGAGAGACUGUGUGUGGGAAAUACAAAGUAUGAGUGAGUGUGAGAGUGUACUGUACACAAGAGAGAAAGCUGUACAUACGUUCAGCGACGCUAUUGUCAUUCAGGAGUUGGGACGGAUGUGCGUUAAAUUACAUAAGAACGUAGGGUGUAAUAAUAAAUGGACCAGCAAGGGAGGUUAUGUAAGAUUUGUUUAGGAGAAGAAUGGCUCCUACGUGGAUACUUUACUCGUUGGUCUGCUCUCAGUGAUUUCCUUUUAACGUUCCCGUGUACUUUUACGCUCAACCGUCUUCAGGCCAUUGUUAACCGUUCGAAAUGUGCCGAUACUAAAACUUGGCGGCUCGUUCGCGCGUAACACUGCCCAUCGGAUCUGCCCAGAGUCCAGUCGUAUAUACUUCUCCGGUGAUCUGAUAUCAAUUUUAACGCGACAAGACGAUCGGUAAAAGGUUUAAUCAUUGCUUUUCAUUAUAAAUUCGAGACGAGAACAACGCGAUUGGUCUGUGUGUCGCAGCAUGGCGGCGCCACCUCCACUUGUAGCCAUCUUCUCGCCCCGCGAGAUGGUGGCUUUCGGUAGGCAGAUCAUUAUCUCUUUCUAUCACUAACAAAACAUAGUUUUCUUUCGCUGUUCUUUUAGUCAUCAUGGAAUUGAGUGCCAUUUUAGCUGCGUAAAGAAAUCCGCGAUGUAGUUGGCUAAAUAACCGCGAAUUCGGUGCCACUGCCCGCCGCCAUGUUUCAUGUCCGAGGAGAAUUAAGAGUUACGCUCUUUUACGUUUCUUCGCGCUGUCAAGCGAAUUCACGGUGAUUGUACAUAGAAAGAAGAUCGCGGGAAAUCUUGCGGUAGCACGAGGACUGAGGAAACUCAAAAUCGAGGGCGGAGUUAGAGUGAACGACCCAUUUGUCUUGAUACCUUAACGCUAAGCACGGCGCGAACGUUGUAACGGGCCGAGGCCGAAGUAGCGUUUCAUUAUGCGAAGUUUUCUUUUGAAAAGUCGCGCCUCGGCGCAAAAACUCGGCGACGAGUCUGCAAUUCCGAUUAAUUUGUCGUUUCCCAUUUCAUUUAGUAUUUUCGACGGGAAAAGUGCCAGAGACUAGUCCCCUAUCAGCCUUUUUUUCGGGCGCAAUCUCACUUCUCUCACACCGUACGGUGGAUGGCCUACCAGGCAAGAUGGCUGCUUGCAAAAGAGGACUCGUCGUCGUUUUGCGCCAGGCCUAGGCAGCGGCGGUGAGAGGAAAUAAUCAAAUCUGCCGAAAUCAAAUCCACCUUAGAGGAUUCACUAUUGAAAUUCCCGAGAAAGUCGCUUUGUUGGCCAGAAAAGAGACUCGCAAAAGACGCGGGGAAGGACAUCCUACGUGGCGUCUAUUCUUCGACGCUACAGCGCCGUUACAUAUACGUUUCUCUCAAAGUAUCUGAGUUUAUAUCGAGAAAUUACCCGAUUGAGUGCUCAUAAAUCUUUUUCUUAAUUGCGCCAUCACUGAGAUUAGAUUUCGGGAAUACUUCUCGAGCCUCUGCGAGCCUCCGAGUACUACUCUUCACCAUCUUGAUCAUUUACUUAAUUCCUGCGGUACUUAAGUUCAACGUCGACCUAACAAGAUGGUGCCCGGAGACACCGAAUGUAUCCAAACUAAACCCAUUUAAUAAGGUCCACUUGUAUAUUUCAAGAAAUGCCAUCACGAGGCACAAAAGAGGCGUAACAUUUUGUGAUCGGUUAGCGAAAGGCCAUUUUCAAUCUUAGUUUAAUUUAGUCUCAUUCCUGGCAAAUCUGAAUUUCCUAAAAAUGAAUAAUGACGCUCCCUUGUUUCUCAAAUUUCCACGUGGAAUUCCCUUUUGCUGGGUUUCGAUUUCGGAAGUAUUUUUCAUGCCUUCGUGUGUCUCCAAGUACUCCCGUCAUCUUGGUAAAAAACAAAACUACUUAAUGCGCGCGUUACUUAAGUACGAUGUCAACCUAACAAGAUGGCGUUUGGAGUAAUGAUAAGGCGACUCUACGACCGAAGUAACACGAAAUAAUCAUUAUUAAUAAUACCGUCGAACACGUUCGAAACAUAUCUCGCGCAUAAUUGUAUAUAUACAGCAGUGAACGCAUGCCUAAUCGAUUUACCUAAUUACGAUGAUUAUUAUUAUCAUUAUUAUCACGAUUUAUUAUUACGGUCAUGAUUCUUAUUAUUAUUAGUUAUUAUUAAUUAUUAUUAUUAUUGCCAACUCAAUCAAUUAUUAUUCGAUAUGAAAAACAAUCGUGAGAGAGAAUGAGAGAGUGGACAUUUUUGUUUUUGAACAAAAAUAUAGCUCAACGAUGUGUACCCAGUUGCCAUGUAUUUUAAUUUAUUUAGGUUCUUAAAUAAAUUUUAUUGAAAAAACCAA